AUGACUAGUCGAGUAUCAUGGAUUAUGUUUAUUGUGAUUGCUAUUCAAAUGGCUGGAAUACUCUCAGUCUUCACUGAUGUGCCUCCUCCACCAACACGACCAGAACGGUUUCACUCUCGAGAAGAGCUUAAGCGGUAUUUACAACUCGUCCAUGAAUAUUAUGCUAUCAUUGGUCGACCACGUUUUGGUCGAUCUCAACCAGAAAGACGAUUAAAUCCUCAAGAUAGACAACUAUUUAAUUUCUUCGAUGUAAAUGGUGACAAAUCAAUAACAUUCGAUGAAUUUCAUGAACGACUCGACAAUGAAUAG